GCCCUCCCCUCCCUCCGCAGCCACCCAAACCCCCUCGACUCCAACCCCUUCUUCCACCCCUCCUCCGAAUUCUACAUCGCCCCAAACGACGUCGUCCUCCGCCACAUCCUCCACGGCCCCUCCGAUCCCCCCGGGCCCCGCCUGGCCUACCACCGGGCCGGGCCGAGAAAGGCGGUCUACUUCGAGCCCGGGCACGUGCGCGCGGCCAUCGUCACGUGCGGCGGCCUCUGCCCCGGCAUGAACACCGUGAUCAGGGAGCUCGUCGUGGGGCUCUGGGACCUCUACGGCGCGCGCCACAUCUUCGGGGUCGAGGCCGGAUACCGCGGGUUUUAUUCCCGCCACCCGGUCGCCUUGAACCCGAAGAUGGUCCACGACUGGCACCGCAAGGGCGGCACCGUUCUAGAAACUUCUAGAGGCGGCUUCGACCUUGCUCGUAUCGUCGAUGCUAUUCAGGAUCGUGCCUUCAAUCAGGUGUACAUCAUCGGUGGCGACGGCACGAUGCGCGGCAUGGUUGAGAUAUUCAACGAGAUACAGCGCCGGAAACUGAACAUCGCAGUGGCCGGAAUCCCCAAGACGGUGGACAACGACGUUGGUAUAAUAGACCGAUCCUUCGGGUUCCAAACCGCGGUGGAGAUGGCUCAGCAAGCGAUCAGCGCGGCCCACACGGAGGCCGAGAGCGCGGUGAACGGCGUAGGGCUGGUGAAGCUGAUGGGGCGGAGCACCGGCCACAUCGCCCUCCACGCGACCCUCAGCAGCCGCGACGUCGACUGCUGCCUCAUCCCGGAGACUGACUUCUACCUUGAAGGCAGAGGCGGGCUGCUCGAGUUCCUCGGCGCCCGCCUCAAGGAGAACGGGCACGCGGUUGUCGUCGUGGCCGAGGGGGCCGGGCAGGACGUGAUACCGAGGAGCGACGAGGCGCACGUGGAGGAGAAGGAUGAGUCGGGAAAUCCGGUGUUCUUGGAUGUGGGAGGGUGGCUGAAGUCGGAGCUGAAGAAGUGGUGGGCCCGGGAUCACGGGACGGAGCUAUUUACGGUGAAGUAUAUCGAUCCGACUUAUAUGGUCCGGGCCGUGCCGGCCAAUGCGACGGAUAAUUUGUAUUGCACGUUGGUGGCGCACUCGGCCAUCCACGGGGCGAUGGCCGGGUACACGGGGUUCGUGUCGGGGCCGAUUAACGGGAACUAUGCGUACAUUCCGGUGGAGGACGUCGCGAGGGCGAAGAAUCGGGUGGACACGAGGGACCACAAGUGGGCGUGGGUUCGAUCACUCACGAAUCAGCCUGAUUUUGAGAAGAGGUGAAAUUGUAUUAGUACAAUAUAGUAGUAGUGUUAUGAGAUGUUACUAUGUUGUUGUUGUUACAUUUUUAGAUUAAUAAGAAGGGUUAGUAUUUGAUUGUUGUGA